AUGCUGGCCCUUGUCUACUUUGUGGCCCUGCCUGCCAUCUCCGCUGACCUCAUCUCGGCCGAUGCCAGGCGUGCAUUUGCUGAGGUGGAUCCAUUCAACCCAGACAACUGUCCACGCCUUUUGUGGGCCAGCUUUGCCUUUGUGAACAACAUGUUGCCGUUUGCCGGCUGCGCGAGCCACACAUGGAGCACAGCGGUGCAGAUGCAGUUCUUCCUUCUGGCGCCGCUCUGCCUGCUGCUGCUGCGGCCAAAGUCCCCGGGAUUCAGGGUGAGGGUGGGGUGGGCAGCGGCUGCCACAAUAGCAGCGGUGCUUGGCCAUCGGGGGCAUGUAAUGAAUAGAAUCCAGCUGUGGAAGCUGAUCCCGGUGCCCUUCUAUGGGCCCUUCACAGCAGAGACCCAGGCCAAGAUGUACUACAUGUGGAGCGCCUCAUAUCUGUCCCUCGCCUCACACCUUGGCUCGAUGUGUCUUGGAGUGCUGGCCUACCUGGCCCUCUCAUCCACCACUUCUGUGAGGUGGCUUGCCAGGAGCGCCAUCAGGCAGUGA